AUGGAAAACUUCGAGUUGGUUUUCAUCCCCUUCCCCGCCCCUAGCCACCUCUCCACCACCGUCGAGGCCGCCAAGCUCCUCCUCGACCGGGACCCACGCCUCUCCAUCACCAUCCUCGUCAUGAAACUCCCGACCGACCAAACCCUCGACAAAUUCACCCAAGCCGACCCUUUUCCCGGCCUCCGGUUCACCCACCUCCCGAACCAAGAUUUCGAGCCCUCCCCCCACCGAACAAAAUUGUUCGACCUCGUCAACUCCCGCUUGCCCCACGUCCGGGAGGCCGUCUCGGGCCUCCUCAACUCCCGGCCCGGCCCGUCCUCCCGCGUCGCGGGCCUCGUCCUCGACAUGUUCACCACCGUUUUCGUCGAGGCCGCGGACGAGCUCGGCCUCCCAUCCUACAUUUUCUUCACGUCAGGCGCGUCGGCGCUCGGCCUCUUCAACUACCUCGUCUCCCUCAGAUUCGAGAGAGGCGAGGAUCUCACCCGGUACAACAAGGGCUCGGGCCUCGACCUACCCGUCCCCUGCUUCCCGAGCCCUGUCCCGGCCAGAGUCCUCCCGAGUGUGUUCGUCAAUGAGGACGAGUCCCCGAUUUUCCUCGACCUCUUCAAGAGAGUGGCCGGCGUGAGGGGGGUCAUGGUCAACACGUUCGAGGGGCUCGAGCAGUUCGCGCUCGAGUCGCUGAAAACGGACGGGAGGACGCCGAGGGUCUACCCGGUGGGCCCGGUUAUGUGCGGGCCGAGUCGAGCCGCGGACGGAGACGUCGAGGUCUUGGAGUGGCUCGAUGGGCAGCCGGACGGGUCGGUGGUGUUCCUAUGCUUCGGGACGAUGGGGAGCUUCGGGCAGGCCCAGGUGGCAGAGAUCGCGGCGGGCCUCGAAAGGAGCGGGGCCCGGUUCUUGUGGUCGUUGAGGAAGCCCGGCCCGGGAGGUCCGACCGAGUACGGGGAUUUCAAGGAGGUCCUUCCGGAAGGGUUCAUCGGGCGGACGGAAGGGGUGGGGAGGGUGAUUGGGUGGGCUCCGCAGCCAGAGGUUUUGGCCCACCGGGCGGUGGGGGGUUUCGUGUUGCAUUGCGGGUGGAAUUCGGUGCUCGAGAGCGUGUGGGAAGGGGUGCCGAUGGCGGCGUGGCCGAUGUACGCGGAGCACCAGGCGAUCGCGUUUUUGUUGGUGAGGGAGUUGGGCAUGGCGGAGGAGGUGAGGAUAGACUACCAGAUGGAUGAGGAGCCGCCGGAGAUGGUGGUGCCGGCAGCAGAGGUAGAGGCAGCGGUAAGGCGGCUGAUGGCGGGCGGCAGUGGGGUUAGGGAGAAAGUGAGGGAGAUGCAGGGAAAGAGCAGGGCAGCUCUGGAGAAAGGCGGGUCGUCCUAUCAUGCUCUGACUAGUUUUAUUGAGGAUGUUGUUAGGAAUGUUGGUUAG